CAUCAAUGUGGAUGGCUGGAAUGGCUUACGGAUAUGUAAAAGGAAUGCUACUGGUCAUGGCCGGGGUUUCUGUCGGUGUAUCCUUACCUUACUUUGUUGGUUCUGUCUUUCACGCCGAGAUUCAACGGUUGUUAGAGAAAUAUCCAAAGGAAGCUUCAAUACUGAGACUGGCAGGAGAAGGGGGCUGGUUUCAUCAGUUCCGGACUGUUACGUUGAUUAGGAUCAGUCCAUUGCCCUACAUUAUGUUUAACUACGCCGCUUGGGCCACCAAUGUCCGUUACACUCCUUACUUGUUGGGGACAUGGGUGGGGAUGUUGCCUGAAGUUUUUAUUGCACUCUACAGUGGGAUUUUGAUACGAUCAUUUGCAGAGGCGACGCAGGACAAAAGGAGUCUUACUACCAAACAGAUCAUAUUCAACGUCGUCGGAUUCUGUGCAUCGGUGGGGGCUACGAUUUUUAUCGGCAUUCGCACCAAGAAGAGACUCGAUCGACUACGCCAGGAAGAGUCGAUGCUGUAGUAGGCUGUGAUUUAAGCAUGAGAUGGAGCUUUACCAAGUUCUGAAUCAUAAUUAGGAAGCUAAUA